AUGUCUUUGAGGGAACGCGAGCGGUUGUUGAGUGCCGAAAACCAGCAGUCCAUCACGGAUACCUCUACCUCACCAGAUGGACAUGACCUUGCCUCCUACACCAUGGAAGUCGACACUAUGUUUCCUCCUCCUGGGGAAGAGGGUUUUUCAUUUAGUCAUGGAGCAGAAGAGAUAUUGUUUUCUCCCCUUCAUCCUACAGUUGCUAUUACAAUUCACACCCUUGAUGUCUUCCGUCAGACCCACCGUGUGUGCCCAUGUUACAGCAUCAAUGCAGAAGCGAAAAAGCUUGCCUUCCUUCACAAUGUAAUUGCCUAUGACGUUUACCUUGAACUUGAGCAGCGUAUCGAAAACCGUCUUCAAAUUGCCCUUGGUCACUGUCAUAUACCGGAUCCGAGCACCUCCAAUACCACCUGUGAACAUCCCCACCCCUGUCACAAUACACCAAAUUGGCGCAUGCUCAACUUGUGUCCUGCUUGUCAGUACAAGGUGGUGGGUGAACCACCCCUCAAGUAUUCAGUCCUAUGUGCCCUUGAUGGUAAUAACUCAGCAAAGCUCAUUGAUCCAGCCAUACACCAUGGCAAUGAGCGCUUUGGCCCAAGAUGUGGCUUAUCUUACAUUUGGCUCACUGAAACUUAUGUAGAUCAGUUCAAGGACAAAGUUCAGCAUGCACAUCGCAUGCAAAAACAACACGUCUUGCAUGAUCCAGAUGACCCUUGGAUAGAUGAGCCUGACUCUGGAGACUCAUCGGAGCUGAGCACUGUCUGUGUUGAUUGCUGGCAAAAUGCUGCCCCAGAGUCUCGUAAAAAAAUGUUCGCCAUCUUUAAGAAGUCUGGCAUCUUUAUUACUGUGUGUCGGCAUGGCUUCUUACUCACAAUAUGCGAUAUGGUGAUGAAGUAUCCGAUUGCCAGCAUCAGGAAACUCAUGGACAUUUUCGGCGAUAACAUCCUAUAUGGCUACGACAUCAAGUGUGCCUUUAAAAAAAUUGUUAUGCGGAGCUCACUAGCGGAUGAUGCCAAGCGACUCAACCUUCAGGGAGUAGUUCCCGCAUUUCACGGACAUGCUCACAACCGCCUCUGCCAAGUAGAACACCACUCGAAGUACAAAGUCGGUGCUGGCAAAGAGGACUUUGAGACUUGCGAGUGCAUUUUUUCAGGCUCAAACGCUCUGGCUGGUAAUAUAUGCAAUGCAACAGACUUCCAUCAUCAUCAAGCACUCGAUGAGCAUUUUCGUCAUUCAUUGUGGGAAGGACACUUGGCUAAUGAAUAUCUAGCAGAUUUCAUCUAUCACAAUUACGUUCAAUCGCUCAACCUUAUCUCGACGACUACAAGCUUUAUCAUCAAUUUCCGAGCGUCACACGCUGAGGCUACCACACCCUUCGAAGAUGACCUUCAAGAUGAAUUUUUGUAUCUUAAACAUCUGGCACACAAGAAAGAUGGGACCAGCACUGAAGUAGACUAUGUGAAAGCUUUGAUUGACUAUGAGGAGGCCCAGGCCAGUUAUAAAGCGGCACAGCGAGAUCAGAAGCUCGAAGUUGUCAUGGAUUAUGAAUGGCAGAUGGCAUUGGAGGCGCAAUGGGGAGAAGACCACCCUGAGUGCUUGAAGGCACAAUCACGCAUCAUGCACCGUCUUUAUCACAAGGCAGUUGAUGAUGUCGAGCGUUUGGUAGUUAUGCAUCUACUUGAGUUGACAAAAUUGCAGAUGAGCGGACUAGGCUACAAACUGCGCACCCAGAUCUCGACUGCACUGAAGAGUCGUGCAAAUGCUGUCCGCAAUGCUCUACAAAGGUACAAUAAGUAUGCUGCACAAUUGGACCCUCCUCGUCCCUCGCUGCAGUGGGAACAAAUUGUCGAAUACUCUUUUCUAGCUGAAUUUGACCUACUCCACAAAACAGUUGGCAUGGUUCAAGCCAAACAUUGGGUGAAUCCUGCAUACCAUCAUGCCUCCACUCAAUACUUUGAGCAACAGUGUGCUUAUGAAGAAAUCUGUCAGCUUAAAAUCGAGGUUGGACGUUUACUUACAAGAAUCCGCGAUGACGCCAUCAACUAUCCUCUCGCCAUCUCCCACCUUACAAUGGAGAAUCCACCACUGGCAUCUGAAUUGUGCUGUCAUUGGGCACACCUGCAAGCUGUCAAUACAAAAUUCAGCACCUCUCGGGGUACACUGGGCCUAUGA